UUAAUUUGCAAUUUUCCUGUAUCAACUUGAACUCAAUCUAACAAAGUAAAAAAGGAAAAAUUCUCUCUUUCCUCACUCAAUCUCGCCUUAUCCUGCGCACCAGCCGGCUUCCACCUCUCAGAUCCUCCUGCUCUCCUACACACUCUCUCUGUACUCACCGAUCAAUCAUAGUAAUCGUCAGUUAUUUAGUGGGAUUUAUAAAGGUUUUGAAUCAUGAGCUGCUUCGGUUGUUGUGAAGAAGAUGACGUCCAGAAAGCUGCUGACAAUGGAGGUCCAUAUGCAGUUAAAAGCUCAGCAGGCCAUGUCGGAAAUUAUCAUGCAUCAGAAACAGCUCCCAGGGGACCUCAGGCUGUUAAAAUCCAGCCUAUUGAAGUCCCUGCAAUAUCAGUGGAUGAACUAAAGGAAGUUACAGUUAACUUUGGGACAGAUUCUUUGAUAGGAGAAGGAUCAUAUGGAAGAGUAUAUUAUGGUGUUCUUAAAAGUGAGCAGGCUGCAGCAAUAAAAAAAUUAGAUGCCAGCAAACAACCUGAUGAUGAAUUCUUAGCCCAGGUCUCCAUGGUUUCAAGGUUGAAGCAUGAAAAUUUCGUACAAUUGCUUGGGUAUUGUGUAGAUGGAGGUUCCCGCGUACUCGCAUAUGAAUUUGCUUCUAACGGAUCUCUUCAUGAUAUUCUUCAUGGGAGGAAAGGUGUUAAAGGAGCACAACCUGGUCCUGUCCUUACAUGGCCACAGCGUGUAAAAAUUGCUGUUGGUGCUGCAAAAGGGCUUGAAUACUUGCAUGAGAAGGCUGAUCCUCGCAUCAUUCAUCGUGACAUUAAGUCCAGCAAUGUUCUUAUUUUCGAUGAUGAUGUUGCAAAAAUUGCCGACUUUGAUUUGUCAAAUCAAGCUCCUGAUAUGGCAGCACGUCUUCAUUCCACUCGAGUUCUGGGAACAUUUGGUUAUCAUGCUCCCGAAUAUGCAAUGACUGGACAAUUGAAUGCAAAGAGUGAUGUGUACAGUUUUGGUGUUGUCCUGCUUGAGCUUCUGACUGGGAGGAAACCUGUUGAUCACACUUUACCACGUGGACAGCAGAGUCUAGUGACAUGGGCUACACCAAAACUCAGUGAGGACAAGGUUAAGCAGUGUGUUGAUGCAAGAUUACAAGGAGAGUGCCCACUCAAGGCAGUUGCAAAGAUGGCUGCUGUUGCUGCCUUGUGUGUGCAAUACGAAGCUGAUUUCCGGCCAAACAUGAGCAUUGUGGUUAAAGCCCUCCAGCCCCUGCUAAAUGCCCGGCCAGGACCUGCUGGAGAAUCAGUAGGCAUGUAAUUCUUUCUCCACAGCCUCAGUGUAUGAUAGUGCAUGUAAAAGCGCGCAUCCAUAUGCAAGCGUAAUAUAUCAAGGUUUUGUUACUUGCGUAUGUAGCAAAACAUUUGGACACCUUUCCCUGUGCUCCCAUUAUUUGACAUGCAUUUGAUUUUUUUUUA